UCAGUCAAAAGAACUAAACUACCCAUCAGAUUCCAAGCUUAAAAGGACAUCAAAGUGAGCUCAUUCGGAUUUUUAUUUCUAGCUUACACCAAAUGCAUUUUCCAUAAACACACAAACUAUCCCCUUGUUGUUUCAGUUGUAGAAAAGUUAUUUUAGAGCCAGAGAGAAAAAUGAAAGGAAUAGAUCUUUUUUGUUCAUCUUCAGCUUCAACAGCAAUAUGUUCAAGUAUGGAUCAAAGAUCCAUGGUCCGCAAUCGUCAUCUCGGCGGCAACAGAAGACCCUUUGAUCAUCACCAGCAUCGUCGUGGUGAUUCGCACGGAAGAUCAUCGGUAGACAGUGGAUCAAGAAGAUCGAGAAGAAAAGGAAGUACUAGAAUUCUAACUUCUACUACUAGUAUCACUCAUCCAGUAUCCACAAACAAUAACCCCAAACACAAUCACCACCAUAGUACCAGUGGUAACACUAGGAAGACGUCUACCAAGCCAACUAUCAGUCAUGGGCAUGACAAUAGUCUUCUUGACUCUUCUAGAUACUUAUUGAGUGACACUACUUUCCUCGACGAUCAUCAGUACUCAACCGAAAUGGAUAUGCCCGUUUCGGCUUCAGUUCCUCGCCGUCAACGUCCUUCAAGGUCUGCGCACGCUUUGGGUCAUUAUCUUAAUGAACCACAGUCAUCGCCACCACCAUCGUCAAGGUCACGGGCUUUGGUUCCCCUUGACGAACCGUCUUCAGUAAGGUCAACCCCUGGUUACAAUGAAGAACAACCACGGUUGUCAUCAUCAUCAUCGAGAUCUCGUGCUCUGGUACCUCGUCAUCAUGAAGAACAACCGCGGUUAUCAUCAUCAUCAUCAUCAUCGAGAAAUCGCGCUUUGGUACCUCAUCAUGAACCACUACCAUCUCCAUCAAGAACGCGUGCUUUGGUUCGCCAUGAACAAUCUUCUUCAUCAUUAAAAUCACAGGCGUUGGUCCCUCGUGAUCACAACGACCAAUUUUCAUCGAAAACACGGUCUGUUAAUAGGUUUUCAGCAGAUUCAUCUCCUGCUUUACUACCUGCUCCUCAUCAGGUUGUGGUUUUGAGGGUAUCCCUCCACUGCAAGGGCUGUGAAGCUAAAGUUAGGAAACAUGUCUCUAGAAUGGAAGGGGUGACAUCUUAUAAUAUCGAUUUUGCGAACAAAAAAGUGACGGUCACCGGAGAUGUAACGCCACUGGGAGUCCUCACUAGUGUCUCAAAGGUAAAGAACGCGGAAUUCUGGCCUUCUACUUCGUCGACAACAUCGUCACCGACCUCCAAUUAGUUAAGUUUACAGAGGAAUCAAUUAAAGUUUGAUUAAUUUGUAAUUAACGUAGUGCUUGUGUAUGGAUGUGUUUUAUUAAAGGUAUUCUUCCAUCAUUUUAAUCUAAUGUAAUCAAUUCGUAUCAUUUGUAAUCAAACCUGUUUUUUUUUAAUUGUAUAAACUAUGAAUUAAAAGAAAAGGUAAAGUAAGAAGUUCUUUUGUUACUUUCUU